AUAACACACAAGAUGGAUGCUAAGGGAUACCUUCAAGGGUAUGGAUGGAAGGAAGGAGAAGCACUUCAGAAGGGGGGAUUGAAGAAGCCAAUUUUGGUGAAACACAAAAAAGAUAAUAAAGGAUUAGGAGGAGAUGGUAAUGACGCAGACAUGUGGUGGGAAAAAUUGUUUGAUGGACAACUCAAGAGUUUGGAAGUGACUAGCGGGAAGAAAGGAGUUAGUUUUGACCAAAACAAGGAUCAGAUCAAGUCUGAAGUUGCCAAGGCCAACUCACCGUUAUACAGGAUGUUUAUCCGAGGAGAAGGAUUAGCCGGGACAGUGGGGAAGACAGAUCAUACCAAGGUUGAAGACAAGGUUGAUUAUAAGAAGGCUAUGGCUGAAUCUGAGAGAGUUUUAGGGAAGAAAGAUAUGAAGAAGAAGGAAAAGAAGGAGAAGAAGAAGAUGGAAAAGAAGGAAAGGAAAAAGGUGGAAAAACAAGAGAAAAAGGAAAAGAAGAAGUUGGAGAAGAAGUUGGAAAAGGAAAAGAAAAAGAUAGAAAAGAAGGAGAUGAAGAAAUUGGCAAAGGAGGAAAAGAAAUUAAAUAAGGAAAUAAAGUCCAAGACUGAAACAGAGACAAAAACCAAUACCAAAACUGUUACGAAAUCAGAGAAGAGGAAGAGAACCGAAAAGGAUACGGAAACGAGCACGAAUAAGAAAUCACAUGGAGUUGAAGAAGGGAAGUCAAAGCGUAGAAGAACAGAUUAAUGCAGAGUGAAGGGCC